GUGGCGCUGGUCUACAUGUUCCUGGGCAUGUCCAUCAUCGCCGACCGCUUCAUGUCGUCCAUCGAGGUCAUCACGUCGCAGGAGAAGGAGAUCACCAUCAAGCGGGCCAACGGCGAGACCACCACCGCCACCGUGCGCAUCUGGAACGAGACCGUGUCCAACCUGACCCUCAUGGCGCUGGGCUCGUCCGCCCCGGAGAUCCUGCUCUCGGUCAUCGAGGUGUGCGGCCACGGCUUCGAGUCGGGCUCCCUCGGGCCGUCCACCAUCGUGGGCAGCGCGGCGUUCAACAUGUUCGUCAUCAUCGGCCUGUGCGUCUACGUGGUGCCCGACGGCGAGACGCGCAAGGUCAAGCACCUGCGCGUCUUCUUCGUCACGGCCGCCUGGAGCAUCUUCGCCUACAUCUGGCUCUACCUGAUCCUGUGCGUGCUGUCGCCCGGCGAGGUGGAGGUGUGGGAGGCCGUGCUCACCUUCAUGUUCUUCCCGCUCUGCGUGGUGCAGGCCUGGAUUGCUGACCGCCGCCUCCUCUUCUACAAGUACGUGCGCAAGCGUUACCGUGCCGACAAGAGCCACGGCAUCGUGGUGGAGACGGAGGGCGGCGACGACCUGAUGAUGAAGGAGACGGGCUUCACCAAGAUGGACAUGCUGGAGCUGGACGGCAUGAACUCGCACCUGGACGGCAUGCUGGCCAGCGGGGGGGAGGACGGCGGCGGCGCCGCCCUGCGCGACCAGGACGAGGAGGCCCGGAGGGACAUGGCCCGCACGCUCAAGGACCUCAAGCACCGACACCCCGAUAAGGACCAGGAGCAGCUCAUCGAGAUGGCCAACUACCAGGUUCUGGUGCAGCAGCAGAAGAGCCGGGCGUUCUACCGCAUCCAGGCCACGCGCAUGAUGAUCGGCGCCGGCAACAUCCUGAAGAAGCACGCGGCCGACCAGGCGCGCAAGGUGGUCAGCAGCAACGAGCAGCAGGAGCAGGAGGACGACCCCUACACCACGCGCCUGGACUUCCAGCCCGCCAACCACCAGUGCUUCGAGAACUGCGGCUCGCUCAAGCUCACCGUGGCGCGGCACGGAGGCGACCCCGGCUGCACCGUCAAGGUCGACUACCGCACCGAGGAUGGCACUGCCAACGCCGGCUCGGACUACGAGUUCGCCGAGGGCACGCUGCUCUUCAAGCCCGGCGAGACGCUCAAGGAGGUGACGGUGGGCAUCAUCGACGACGACAUCUUCGAGGAGGACGAGUACUUCUACGUGCGUCUGAGCGACCCGCGCAUCGUGGGCUGGGCGGACGGGCACCCGCCGGCGCCCGAGGUGCCCGGCGCGCCCACCUACCAGGCGACGCUGGGCGAGGCGCACACGGCCACCGUCACCAUCUACGACGACGACCACGCCGGCAUCUUCACCUUCGAGUGCGAGUCGGAGCGCGUGAGCGAGAGCGUGGGCAUCAUGCAGGUGAAGGUGAUGCGCACCUCGGGCGCCCGCGGCCUGGUGGCCGUCCCGUACCGCACCGUGGACGGCACCGCCAAGGGCGGAGACGACUACGAGGAGGCCGUCGGCAAGCUGGAGUUCCAGAACGACGAGACGCUGAAAAUUAUUGAGGUGAAAAUCAUUGAUGACGAGGAGUACGAGAAGAACAAAAUCUUCACCAUCGAGCUGGGUGAACCAGUACUGCUGGAGAUUGGACAAAAACAUGGAGACUCCAAUGAGAACAAGCCAGUGGUGGGGGCAGAUGACGAGGAGGUGGCCAAGAUGGGCUGCCCCAGUCUGGGAGAGCACACUCGGAUGGAGGUGGUCAUCGAGGAGUCCUACGAGUUCAAGAGUACAGUGGAUAAGCUCAUCAAGAAGACCAACCUGGCUCUGGUGGUGGGCAGCAGCAGCUGGAGGGAGCAGUUUGUCAGCGCCGUCACGGUCAGCGCAGGUGAUGACGACGACGAGGAGAGCGGUGAGGAGCGCCUGCCGUCUUGCUUCGACUACAUCAUGCACUUCCUCACCGUCUUCUGGAAGGUUCUGUUCGCCUUCGUGCCGCCCACCGAGUACUGGAACGGCUGGGCCUGCUUCAUCGUGUCCAUCAGCCUCAUCGGCGUGCUGACGGCCAUCACCGGCGACCUGGCCUCCCACUUCGGCUGCACCAUCGGCCUGAAGGACUCCGUCACCGCCGUGGUGUUUGUGGCUCUGGGCACCUCCGUCCCCGACACCUUCGCCAGCAAAGUGGCGGCCAUCCAGGACCAGUACGCGGACGCCUCCAUCGGCAACGUGACGGGCAGCAACGCCGUCAACGUCUUCCUGGGCAUCGGCGUGGCCUGGACCAUCGCCGCCGUCCACUGGCGCAUCAAGGGCAAGCCCUUCCUGGUCAAGCCCGGCUCGCUGGCCUUCUCCGUGUCGCUGUUCACCGGGCUGGCCGUGGUGGCGGUCAGCAUCCUGCUGUACCGCAGGCGCGCCAGCGUGGCCGGCGGCGAGCUGGGCGGCCCUCGGACUUGCAAGCUGGUCACCGCCGCCAUCUUCGUCAGCUUCUGGCUCAUCUACAUCCUCAUGGCCUCGCUGGAGGCCUACUGCCACAUCCCCGGCUUCUGAGAGAGAGGGAGGGAUGGAGACAGUGAGAGAGAGAGAGAGAUGGAGAGAGAGAGAGAGAUGGAGGG